AGAGAGAGCGAAUGGGAUUGAUAGAUUUGCGAAUGCGAAUAAAGGGAGAAGUUAAAUUAAUGGAAUGAGACAUAGAUACAUAUAUAUUUGAAAAUGGCCUAUCUUUUAGUCGGUCUUAUUAUAAAACGUCCAAGAUAAUUGUUAAAUAUUUAACAUCGACUAAAAUAUUAUAUCAAACGAUGCAAUUCGUUGUCGAUCAUCGAUCAUCGAGCAAAUGGUUUAGAACUUGAUUCCAAAAUUGCUUUCACUUGCAAUAAAUAUGCGUGCAAGUUAGUUAGGAGGAGAGGGAGUUGUCAAAGUUCUCUGAUUGGCUGUUACUUUAGGAACGUCAUAUGGUAUUUGCGGUUCGUUAGGUUAGGUACUGUUAGGCUGCCGCGCCAUUGAUAGCAUCGUUCGAGCCUAUGGGAAAGUAGCAGUAGUUUAGAGAGACCAAAGCUUGAAUGAUAUGAAAGCUUUAAAGAUACGUGCGGAUUUUCGUUUAGAAUAGUGGUGUACGCGAUAAGUUUGUUGUUGGUCAUCUCCAGAUGCAAUCCUUUUGGAAAGAUCAGGCUUUAGUGAGAAAGGGAUAUCUCUUGUUGCCCAGUGUUCGUUUCUUAUAGGAAUGAAAAUUGUGCGUCGUGUGUAGGAUGAUAUAGAAUCGUGCGGGUUCGAUUGUUAAGUCACCCUCAAGCGCGACCAAAGAUUUGAUUAAGUAUUUAAAUGAAGAUAUAUGUGGCGCAAUAAUUACGGUAGUACGUUAAUCGCGAUUUAUAAGUAUCACCAGAAAUUAAUAGAUUAUCAUUAUAUUUCCGAUAUUUCAAAGUGUAAAAGAAACGAAACUGUGUUCUCGAUAGUAAUAAUUGGGCGCGUGUUUUAAAUUCCUUUACCGAUAGAUCCGACGCCCAGUCCAUGUAUAUUGUCGAAUAAAAGAUUUUGUGAAUGAAGUGCACGGAGCUGCUACAACGGUACUUACUUCUUCCCAACACCAAACUUAUUACAUAUUCAUUCCACCACAUUUAAUUGGAAUUAUGUAACUGAGAAAAAUAGAAUUUUCUUAUAGGAACACAACUAAUUAGAAUGGACGAAGAAAUAGUAGUUGACGACUGUGAUGAUAAUAGUAUAACUGAGUCCCAACAAUUGGACGAUUCUUCCACUUCAGUUAUGCCUCUAUUAUAUAUUCAACAGGGCAAAAUGCGUUCUGGUCAAACGACAGCUACAAAUCAAACGCUUGUUUCUCCUACUGCUACUCAACUCGCUGCCAUCAUUAAUCCCGUUAAUAAUCAGAUUGUUACUGGACAGAAUAAAGUAUUUAUACAGGGUCCAGGUCAGGUUACUACUUCGCAAAACAAACAACAUAUUGUAAUUCAUCGUCCCGUUAAUACAGUUAAUACUACAAACACUGCGCAAGGACAAAAGCACAUAUUACUUAGAAAAUCAAAUACAUCUACCGCGCAGAUUGUACCCCUAAAUGCUUCUCAAGGAAAUCAGACGAAUUCGCAAUCAGGAAAACAUACAUUUGCAUAUCUUGGGACUCUUAUCAAACCAAAUAAAUCGCGCGAAUCUGUCGUUAUCCCAGCAGGAGCUUUAACGACUACUCAAAUAACUAAACCCAAGUUAGUUAUCGCCCCAGUUAUAUCACAAUUGGCGCAGACAUCAACGAGCACGACUGCUGGUUCGCAAAGCCAAUCAUCUAAACACAUGACAAAUCUGCUAUUACCAGUAAGCAUUCCCCAACAAAGCGGUUCUGCCAAAUCCAGUAUGUUUAAUUUGAAGAUCAAUAAUGGUCAAAUCAGUACUGAUAGUAAGGGAACGAUUACAGUAUUACGAGAAUCAAAAACUACCAAUUCUGCAACGCAUCCACCACCGUUACAUCCAAUUGCAAAAAUGAGCUUAUUAAACGCAAAUAAAGGAAAUAACAAUUCUACAGAUAGUAUAAAAAUUACAGAAAAUCCAGAUUCAGCAGUUAUUACGCCUAUACCUAAAAAGGACGAUACUACUAUUCCAGAAAAAAGAAAAAAAACUAUAAGUAAUAUUUUAAGGGCUUCUAAUGAAAAGCGAUUAAAAAAACAAAAAUCGUCUCAAGAAUCUAUGGCUGAUGUGACUUAUGCCCUUAGUAGUCCUGAAUCAGAACAAGAUAAAGAUAAAAAGGUACAAAACGAUGAUGAUAUUACUUUGAUUAAAGUAAUUCCUAGCGAAGAAAAAUCAAUGAAGUUAAAUACGAGUAUAGAUGAUGACAUCAAAAUAGAAAUAAUUAAAACGCCUACAAGUUGUACAGUUGAACCCGUGUCGGAAAAUAAAAAUGAAAUGAAAAUUAAUCACGAAGAUAUGAAAGAGCUCUUUAAUGUCUCUCAACAAAACGAUUCCAAUUUCGACGCUGCUAAAGUACUAGAUUGGAAAGAUGGUGUAGGAACCUUGCCAGGAAGUACAUUGAAGUUUUGUAUGAAUGAAUUCGGGAUAAUGGAAGUUGUCGAAGAAGAUGAGACAAUUAAGCAGAAUAAAGAUGGCAAUAUUGGUGAUAAGGAAAAUGUAUGUUUAAUGCAGAAUUCGUCAAAAUCCAGUCCUGUUAUGACCAAUAAUGCGAUUAAUGAGAAAAAGGCGGAAGAUCGGAAAACUAGGACCUUAUCUGCUGAUACCGUCUAUCAUUGCGAGGGUUGUGGUUGCUACGGCCUAGCUGCAGAAUUUGAAAGUCCAAUCUCUUGCAGUCCUUCAUGUACAGAGAUAAUAGAAUCUAAGAAACAACCUUCAAUGCGAAAAGAAAAAGAUCUAAAAGAUUUGCGUGUAAAACGAAAACGAAAAAGAUUGUUACAAGAACAACAGCAAGCUAAAGAAAUGGAAGAAAAAUCGCAAGAGAAAAUCAAGUCCGAAACGGACGAAGAUACAAAGGAUACCAUUGGCGGGAUGGAUGACGAAUGCCAAGGAGAUUUUUCAGAAUCUAAGUAUCCAUGGCAAACUGGGAAACUCGGUUUUUCUUGGCCUAAAUAUCUUGAACAUUAUAAAGCCAAGUCUGCGCCAGUUAAAUUAUUUAAGGAUGCAUUUCCAUAUGGAAAAAAUAACUUUAAACCCGGAAUGAAGUUAGAGGGAAUAGAUCCUGAACGUCCAUCUCGUUAUUGCGUUCUUACAGUAGUCGAAGUAGUAGGAUAUAGGAUACGCUUGCAUUUCGAUGGUUAUCCAGAAAAUUAUGAUUUUUGGGCUAACGCGGAUAGCAUGGAUAUUUUUCCAGUUGGUUGGUCCGAGAAAAAUGGACAUCGUCUGGAUCCACCAAAAGGUUAUGCAACUUCUAAUUUUAACUGGAAUGCAUAUCUGAAAAUUUGUAAAGCUUCUGCAGCUCCGAAAAAUAUAUUUUCCAAUAAAAGUUCCGUUUUUCCAACUGGAUUUCGCGUGGGUAUGAAACUGGAAGCGGUCGAUCGUAAACACUCAUCUUUAGUUUGCGUAGCAAGUAUAGCAGGUUUAAUGGAUUCUCGGAUAUUAGUUCAUUUUGAUUCUUGGGAUGAAGUAUAUGAUUAUUGGGCAGAUGCAAGUUCACCUUACAUUCAUCCCGUGGGAUGGUGUCAUCAUAAUGGACACAGUCUUACUCCGCCCAACAAUUAUAAAGACCCCAAGAACUUUACAUGGGACAUUUAUCUAAAAGAAACUCGUUCGAUGGCAGCACCGGCAAGAGCUUUCAAACAACGGCCACCUUGUGGAUUUAAACGUGGUAUGAAAUUAGAAGCAGUCGAUGCAAGAAUUCCACAACUUAUUAGAGUAGCCACUGUUGAAGAUGUGAAAGAUCACAUGUUGAAAAUACGUUUUGAUGGAUGGCCAGAGAAUCAUGCUUAUUGGGUUGACGAUGAUUCUCCGGAUAUACAUCCGAUGGGAUGGUGUUUAAAAACUGGACACCCAUUGGAAGCACCAUUAACACCAGAUAAUCCAAACGAUAAAUCAGAAUGUGGUACGUAUGGAUGUCGCGGUAUAGGACACGUAAAGGGUCCUAAAUUUGCCACACAUAAUUCACCAUCUGGUUGUCCUUACUCGCCUCAAAACUUAAGUAAAAAUAAGACCUUAUCAGAUAGAUUAAUCACAAAAAAUGAAAUCUGCUGCGACGUCGAUGAAGAGUCGCAGGAAAGAGUAGCAAGAGUCGAUAAGACUGAGAAAGUGAAAGCAGAAAAACCUGAGAAGCUUGAAAAGCCUGAAAAGUCUGAAAAAAGUGAAAAGUUUGAGAAGCUGGAAAAACUCGAAAAGCUCGAAAAGCUCGAAAAGCCUGAGAGAAUGGAAAGAAUUGAAAAACUUUCUUUCUCUGAAGAACGACUCUUAAAGACUGAAAAAGAUGUGAAACAAGAGGAUGGAGAUUCUGAUAAAAAUGAUAAGUCUGAAAAUUCGGAAAAAUCUGAAAGAUCGAGCAAGUCGAAAAAUCUUCACAGCGACGGACAAACCGACGACGAGGAAGUUUCGAGAAAACGUAAGAAAAGACGACAAAUUUCUGACGAUUCUAUAUAUACUCUUUCAAAUUCUACAUACGGUGAUACGGUACUAAAUACAACCCAAUAUGCUGCCAAUAUGCCAGAUAAACAAUUACGUACAGAAUUAUACCAAUCGGUCUACGAUCCCGGUUACAAUCCUUUACCAGACGCACCGCACAUAUGGGCAAAACAUAGUAACGCGUUGAACAGAGUAGUUUCUCAACAGAAUACAAAUCCUCGACGCUGGUCAAACGAAGAAGUUAUCAAGUUUAUUCAAAGUGUCCCAAAUUGUAGAGAAAUUGGUAAUAUUUUUAGAAAACAUAAUAUCGAUGGAGAAGCAUUUUUAAUGCUCACGCAAGAAGAUUUAGUAUCGUUAUUAGGUUUACUUUUAGGACCGGCAAUAAAGCUCUAUAAUAGUAUAGUAUUGUUACGUCGGAGAGCCACGUGAAUAUUUUCUUGAAAGAAGUAUCAAUGAAAUGGCAAAGAAAAUAUUUCUUAUAAAAGAAAAGAAUGAGAUAGGGAAAACUGUCAUUAAAAUGAAAUUAUUCAUCGAUCAAGUUUUCUCAAAUUUUGAAACAAAUGUUUUCUAUUUUGUUUUCUAAUUGACAGAUAUUUAUUUCACAUACCUUAUUUAAUUUUUUAUAAACAAUUCGAAAUUGGAAUAUUUAAUCGACUAGCAAGGAAAGGUUUAUUCUUGCGAUUUGGAUCGAUGAUGGUAUCGAGUUAUACUCAUGAUUUAAAUAUUUAUACAUGACCAGUACUUAUAAUUGUCCAAUAUAAUUUUUUUUUAUAUUACCAACCGAACUCGAUCGUGUACAAAUGUAAAUAUAACUAUCUUAA